GUUCCCUCUGUGACGCCUGGGGCAUGACUAGCAUGGAUUCAUGGAAAAGCCAUCUUGAGGGAAAGCGACAUAACUCUUCCCUAAGGUAUUUUCACAAAUUUUACUCUGAUAAAAGUCACGGUGGUGGGCAGGACCCAAGCACUUUUAUCAGAAAACAGUCUCAUUCUGCGGGCAAUACGACCAAAGCGAAAAAACAACAUUCAGACUCUGACUCAUCUGUACAUAAUUCAUCCGAAUCCCAGCGGGUCAGAUUACUUUCUGGCGAACAAAAGAAGUCCACUACUAUGACGGGAACAUCACGACAAGUUAACACGAAGACAAUCGAUCAACACAAUAAGGUUACUACCUCUGUCGAAAAACUCGAUACCAAUCUGUCAGUUCCGCCUCCACUGCAAGGUGGUCUUAUGUUGAAUAUUCUUGAAACAGUCGGACCUGAUGUAUCAAAACGGCAAACCACGGCUUUGUCCCCUCCAAAAAGAAACAUGUCUCUGCAUAGCCGUGGUGAGCACAGGCUGUCUGGCUGUACCAGGGGGCGCCCAAUGGUUGAGCGGAAUAAAUUCCCUCCUACUGGGUCUCCCCGGGGUGCACGAUCAAGCCGUGAGGUAUCAACUAAUAGACAUUCACGUCCAAACUCACUGAGCAUUGAUAUGACAGAUGUGUCGUCCACUGUAGAGAAAGUCCCGAGUGCUCCCAGUUCGCCGACGGUCCCCGAGACACAUGAAGCAGGCGGAGAUCUGAGAAGGAUGCAAGAGGCUUUGGAAAUAUCACAAAAACUGGAAACUUUAAAAGUGAAGCAAAUGAAUUUGGAAAAGCAGCUCCAUCAGCUCCAGACGGCAUUAGCCGAAGUUCGAACAGAAAGGCGUGAUUUAAAGGCUCGUAGGAAGAAUCUGCUGCGAGGAUUGGCCCAGUCGGAUUCAGAGGAUGAGAAUGUCAGUCGGCGUCCUUCGUUAUCUACCGAGUUACCAGUCAUUUCUGGUUCACUCUUACCCGAUCGUCUAUCUUCUGAAAAACAAGUGGCAUCGGUUGCUCCAGUUGCUGCUUCCUGUCGGCCUGGCGAACCAGUGAAUUGUUCAUCUUCAUCUGUCAACGGCCGCAACAUCGCCGACAAGCAACCGGCAAGACAACCCGGUGAUGCUGCACAUGGAGAUGCAAGUGCUUUUACUACAACACUCAACUCGCCAUCUCAAACAGUAAUGUCCCUGGGUGAUCACGCCACUUCAGGUGUGCAUGUUGCACACCAACCUCCAAGUUUGACUCCCUCUGCAAGAGAGACACACCUUUUGCCAAAUCCGGUAGGUUUGGACAGUACGUCGUCGACGAAUGGUAUCGAUCUUGAGCGAUUGGCGUUGAUUCGGCAAGCUAUCCAGUCGCCAGAUAGUUGGCAGUUCACCUUUGAACAGGUUGAUCAAAUGCUGAGGCAGACGGCUGCCAAGGCAACUGUAGUUGGGGUCAACGCAGUCACAAGUACCGUGGAAUCCGCGCCGCCGACUGCCCCACAAACUCCAGCCCCGCCUGAAUUACCUAAACGGCCAGAGUACGGGACUGAUCUGCCUGUCAAACCUUGUGUUCCGUUUAUUUCACUUUGCUAUUCAGCCUGUCUGAUCAAAGGCGAACCUCCGGAGAUUGGUGGCAGCGUUUUGGCCGGUGGUGGAUACCAACGUGAGAAACAAACUUCUUCGACUGAUCAAUAUCCAAUAGCAUCUAAAUCGGCCGUACUUUCGAAUGCAACCGAUUCAUGUGACUCCUCUGAUGACGACCAAGUCGCAUCACAUCUGGUCAAACCACUGUCACGGAAACCGCCCAAAAUUCGAAAGAUGGUGAAAGCAGAACCUGAGGAGUCAGGACCAUCCACUACACAAUAUUCCUUUCAUCAAACGACGUUACCAGACUCGACUGUGGAGCUUUCCGAAGGUGCCCAUUCCAUAGUGACUCCGCCAUCCUCGCCGCCCCCUAAGCAGUCUGUCAAAUUUGGGGAGUUCCACGCAUUUGAUGGUGGUACAGCGGCCGUUAUUGAUAUGAUUCUCCAUCAAUGUACCAGUAGCAUGUUUAUUGGUGGCCAAAAUGGCAUCGUUGUUCAAUUUGAUUUAAAGACCCACCAGCGAGUAAAACAGAUUGCUUCCCGCGACGCCAGUGUUACAAAAAUGGCUUUCGAUCCGCAAGAGCGUUCCUUGUUCACUGCCUACUAUGAUAACCAUUUGGCCGAAUACAAUAUCCAGACAGGAACUCUGCUGUGGGAAAAAUCUUUUUCAAAUCGUGUUGAAGCAUUGGCCACCGCACCCUUGAGCGAUGUUCCCUUCAUCUUCCUCGGGAUGUCGAGUGGCGAUAUCCUGCGCCAUCAUAUGGUGGAUCGGACUACAUCUGUUCUCUUUUCUCAAAUCCCCAUUUGUGCAAUCAGUUCAAUGGCAGUAGUACGUUCUGGGCCCCGACUUUUCUUAUUGGUUGGUUACCGGGAUUGCUCUCUCUUUGUCCGUGAGGCCAGCGAUGGAAGUUUGGUUCGGUGUAUCACAUCUGCUCCGCACAAAGGUCCUCCUGGUGGUAUUACCGGCAUGCCUUGUGGAAGCAAUUUUUGCUCCUAUUCCGAACGAGCACUACGUAUCCACAACUGGAAGACUGGAGUUGGAGUGUUGACCUUGCAAACCCAGAAGAUCACCAGUUGUUGUGUGCUUCAGCGGUAUAUUGCUGUCGGAGACUCUGAGGGAACUAUCCGUCAAAACGGCCUUCCCGGUCAUCGCCCGACCAAGGUGUACUACGCAUCCCAUCGGUCCGCCAUCACUUCCCUAACUUCGUGUGGCGUAGCGCUGAUAUCCGGUGGACUUGACGGGACCGUAACAGUGAUAUGCAUAACUGAGCCUGUCAAUAAUUACACGUGUCUGUAUGGUCCUUUCGGACACCAGUGCGGCAUCGGCUUCGAAAGUCGGAAGGAUCUUGUCUCACACGUGAUGGAUACGCAUCUAAUAUUUGGAAAUCAGAAGUCUGUCAUGUGUCGCUGGGGUGCAGGAAGAUGCCGAACGAGGUUCACUGAUACACAGAGCAUCAAGAGCGUUGGUCAGCCCUGUCUGCUUGAGGGAGGACACACACCAUCCGAAAUACCAAAAUGUGUGAGGACCGGAUGGGCUGACUACGAAUAA